CGACGAACUGAUCGACAAAAAUAACGAGUGCCCGGUGACAGGAGUAGGCAAGCAAAAGGAGCGAUGGCGCCAUCCGCGAAGAAGGAGAGGGCGGCGGAGGCCAGGGCGAGCUCGUCGAAGCCGAUGACGGCGGGAGGGAUCGAGGUGCAGCGGCGGAGGGUGGGCGGAGGCGGGUGGACGAGCCGCCGGAUUUCCUUCUACGCCUCCCGUGUUUACUUCCUGCUCAUCAUCCUCCAGAUCCCACUCUUCAGGGUCCCUUGUAGAGCAGGCACAUGCACUACACCAAUUCAGAUUACAUCUUCGCAAUUGGUCUCCAAUGAUAUAUUCCCACCAUCUGUGGUGAAGGCCAUGCUCUUCCCUGGAGCUAUAGUCAGCAACCUCACUGCAAGCAUGAGCAUGACAUUCCCAAGGUGGAGUGACCUGUUCGACAUAUACAAUCUGACAGAAGCCAAGAAUAGUUCAGCAGCAAUUGAUCUACAGCGUCUAGAGAUACUUGCCGGAAGCUACUUCUGUGUUGCUGGGGCACUUGUUGGCAUCAUUAAUCCUGGGAGGAUGAUCUUGUUUGGUACCCUUUUGGUUAUCUGGGGUCUAGUGAAAGAAGCGCUCUUUCGGAAGCCCGCGAACAGUGAUCCGACAGAAUCAGUCUAUGUCUACCCUACCAUUUUGAUUGCACUGAUUUGUUCAUUCAUGUCAAUCACUUACAAUAUAAAGAAGAAAGCGAGAACUAGCCAGCCUGUUUCUAUCUCUAAGCCACUGCAAAGUUCUGCUAAGUCAAAACUAAAGUAGACACUUUAUAGUCAGUUUGUCACGACCCUUUAUCCUUGUAGUUCAUUUCCAUCAUCUGAUUGCUGAACUGCUGAUGACAGAUGGAGGGAUAGCCUGAUUGUGGUUCUCAUGUAUCACUUUUAAUACUGUAACCUUUACUUUUUCUCAUUUGUACUGAAGAUCCAAACUAUCUAUAAAUUUUUAUGCAAGCACCUUUGUGUUUA